AUGUCUAUUGAGAAGGAUCAGCACUCCAUCUCCGAUAUUGAUGCGGGGCAUCCUCGACAUCCGAGUCAGCAGCGUGCAACAUCAAGUGGUCUCAAGGGCUUUUUCAACAACCCAUUUGUAUUCGGCACGGCUCUUUUUGCUUCCAUUGGUGGUUGUACAUUUGGCUAUGACAUUGGUGUGAUUUCGGGUGUUCAAGAAAUGGAAACUUUCAUGGCAAGGUUUCCAAUGAACUCAACUGAGAAUGGUUUUGUGGUAGCCAUUCUUGAGUUGGGUGCAUGGGCUGGUGCAUGGUUGACAGCUUAUCCAGCGGAUCGAUUUAGUCGCAAGUAUACGAUCGUCAUGGCGUGUCUUGUAUUUUUGCUCGGUAGUGCACUUCAAGGCGGUGCACAAACGGUCUCCUAUUUGAUGGCGGGUCGCUUUAUUUGUGGUCUUGGUGUUGGCUCACUUAGUAUGCUUGUGCCCAUGUAUCAAUCUGAAAUUGCACCACCCGAAGUGCGUGGCUCACUCGUAUCAUUGCAACAAUUUGCUAUCACCAUCGGUAUCCUUGUCUCCUUCUGGAUCAACUUUGGCACUCAGUAUAUCAACAGCGAGGCACAAUGGCGAAUCCCUCUAUGCUUGCAACUCAUACUUGGCCUCAUUCUUGGUAUCGGUAUCCUCUUUUUCCCAUUCUCACCAAGAUGGUUGAUGAGCCAAGGUCGUGAAGAAGAAGCAUUAAAGGUGCUAUCCAAAUUGCGUCGACGUGCUAUUGAUGACCCUGUAUUGCAAGAUGAAUGGCGUGAUAUUAAGAUUUCAGUCGAAUUUGACAAGGAAUUGGAGCGUCACCAAUAUCCUCAAUACGUUGACCAAAAGGGUUUCAAAGCUCGCUUCAUGAUUGGCCUUUUGGGUUAUCGUGAUCUCUUCCGCCCUGGUAUGUUCAACCGUGUUGCCAUUGCAUCCAUUGUUCAAUUCUUUCAGCAAUUUUGUGGAACCAACUCGCUCAUUUACUAUGCACCAAAGAUUUUCCAAUCACUUGGUCUCGAAGGAAACACUAUCAAGCUUCUCGCCACUGGUGUAGUCGGCAUUAUCAAUGUUGUAGCUACCAUCCCUACCGUAUUGUUCCUUGAUAAGAUGGGCCGUAAGCCUACUCUUAUGGUGGCAUCUAUCUUUAUGACUCUUUCCAUGGCGAUCGUGGCCGUCAUUCAAGGUCUUUUUGAUGGCAACUGGGUUGGCAACGAAGGCAAAGGCUGGGGUGCAGUUGCAUGCAUGUACUUUUUCAUUGCUAAUUAUGCCUAUUCUUGGGGACCUGUCGGUUGGGUCAUUACUGCCGAGAUCUUCCCACUCCGUGCUCGAGCCAAGGGCAUGUCGAUUGCAACCAGCAGUAAUUGGAUGAACAACUUCAUUAUUGCACAAAUCACUCCUCCCAUGUUGGAGAACAUUGGAUUUGGCACCUACAUUUUCUUCGCUUGCUUUUGUUUGCUCUCCUUUUUCUUCACAUGGUUCUUCAUUCCUGAGACCAAAGGUUGCACUUUAGAAGAAAUGGACGAGCUCUUUGGUGGCGGUGGCACGGCCCAGCAAGAUAAUGAGAUCUUGAUGCGCAUUGAACAAAAGUAUCGUGGAUCGUACGCACCAGCAGGUGUCAAGACUGAAGCAGCAUAA